UGACCCACUUUGUACGUCUUGUUGAAUGGGAAUAGAGACCCCACCUGCCAGAAUUGUACGAUCUGAAGCAGGUCUAGUACCGUGAGAGUCUCGGUAAAGUUGCUUCCACUGUCCACAGGCCUCUCCAACCGUUCAGUGUCCUUAUUGUGUGUUUGUUCUGCCGCCAAACUAAUCUUUACUGAUUACUCCAAAAUCACCCCACUCCCAUGCACUUAGGGCUGCUGAUAUCCACUAAGUGUUGUGAGGUCAUUUGCAUGAACUUGCACCAGAGUAGAACCGUGCAAGUUUUUACAGGGCUACACAUUUACCAAAAGAAACUCUUGAUUUCCUGUUACUUGAAACAGGAACAGACUGAGUGAAGAGAUGCUGUCAGUUUAGUAGUUAAACGGAAAGAAAAGCAAAGACCUCUAAAAAGUCAUUUGGAAACAUCUCUAAAUAUUUAUAACUGUAUAAGCCACUACAGAGAAAGUGACCCAAACAAAACUACUUAAAUAACUGAAACAGGUUUAUGUUCUGUGUCAUCAAUUCUAUCCAGAAGCUGAGGAGUCUCCCUUUGAACUGAAGGAUUGUACGAGGAUGACCUUCCAAUUUAAUUUCACUAUAGAAGACCAUCUGGAUAAUGAAUUAACGCCCCCUGGAGAUGGAACUUUGACCCCAAAUUCCUCAAAAGAGUCUUCAGUCUCAGAAAGUCAAAAAGGUAAACACGGGGACACAAAAUGUUCUACAGAGCAGUCUGUCUUGCCUCCGAAUCACUCGUGGGGACCUACGUCAGUGGGACAUGCAGCCCCCUCCCAAGACACAUGCAGCUCACUCAAUGCAGCUCACAGUUCAGGGAACUUAGAGCCUCAUGAAAAACAGCCUUGCUUGAGACUUGCCAAAGAGCAUGCUGUGCCUGAAGAUUUAAAGAAAGUGUUAGAAAAUAAAGUCAUAGAAACAUUACCAGGAAUCCAGCACGUUAACAUAUCAGUAGUGAAAACCAUCUCGUUGAAAGAGAACUGCCCUGGAGAAAACAUCGUUUCAAAGACCUUUUCUUCUCACUCUGAUCUGAUUACCGGUGUUUAUGAAGGAGGUUUAAAAAUCUGGGAAUGUACCUUUGACCUCCUGGCUUAUUUCGCAAAGGCCCAAGUGAAAUUUGCUGGGGGAAAAGUAUUGGAUCUUGGCUGUGGAUCAGGGUUGCUGGGUUUAACUGCACUCAAGGGAGGGGCCAAAGAAGUUCAUUUUCAAGAUUAUAACAGUUUGGUGAUCGACGAAGUAACUUUACCUAACGUGGUGGCUAACUCCACUUUGGAAGAUGAAGAAAAUGAUGGAAAUGAGCCGGAUGUGAAAAGAUGCAGGAAAUCAAAAGUAGCACAAAAACUAGGUCAAUGCCGGUUCUUUUCUGGGGAGUGGUCUAAGUUUUGUAAGCUUGUAACCAGUGAAAAACAUUUUGAAAAAUAUGAUCUCAUUCUCACCUCAGAAACGAUUUACAAUCCGGAUUACUAUGAUACUUUGCACCAAACAUUCCUUCAAUUGUUAGGUAAAAAUGGGCGGGUGCUUUUGGCCAGCAAAGCACAUUAUUUUGGUGUAGGUGGAGGUGUUCAUCUCUUUCAGAAGUUUGUAGAAGAAAGGAAUGUAUUUAAGACUAGAACACUUGAAAUAAUUGAUGAAGGACUAAAAAGAUUCCUAAUUGAAAUGACUUUUAAGUAUCCCAGUUAAUGUCCACGGAGUGUCCUAAGUAAAAUAAACAGAAUAACUGAAAA